AUGUUGGCAAUCAUCCUCGUCUCGUCAGCAUUCAUCAAUCAUGCGCUGAGUCAGUCACUCUGCAAGGUCACGCCCUCAGACGCGUCAUGGCCGAGUGCUUCUGAAUGGAGCGGCCUAAACAGCUCGAUUGGUGGCGUACUCCUAGCCACGCAGCCAGUUGGCUCGUCCUGCUAUGCCGACCAGUCGUUCAGUUCUCCGUUCAGUUGCGACGACGUGAACAAAAAUUGGGCAUACUCUACAUUCCACGCUGCCACACCUGAAUCUAUCGACUACCCUUUCUUCGCCAACAACACCUGUGUCCCCCCGAGCGCCACCGGGUACGAUGCGAACAAGUUGUGCACUUUGGGUGGUUUGCCGGCAUACGUCGUGAAUGCAACCAAUGAACAUCAAAUUGCGACAGCUGUACGAUGGGCAGACCAACGCAAUAUACGAAUCGUGAUCAAGGGAACCGGCCACGAUCUCAAUGGAAGGUCCGCAGGCGCUCAUUCACUUUCCAUAUGGACCCGAAACUUGAACAAGAUUGAGUUCAAGCCGCAGUGGCAGAUCCCCGGUGACGGGGUUAGCGAUGUGUUCGUCGUGGGUAGCGGAGUGAGUUGGGGCGAUGUCAAUCUUGCCGGUGCUGCAGUCAACAAGGUUGCCAUCAGUGGGCAAGACAAAACCGUAGGGUUGGGCGGGUUCAUUCAAGCCGGCGGCCACGGACCCAUGUCAAGCCAUUACGGACUUUCCGCGGACAACAUUUACCAGGCCACUGUUGUCACUAUCGCGGGCGAAAUACUUGUCGCGAACGACGCCCAGAAUCAGGAUUUGCUGUGGGCGAUAAGAGGAGGAGGCCCUGGUCUGUGGGGCGUCGUGACCGAGUUCGUCCUCAAGGCUCACCCGAUGCCCGAGAAUGUUGUAUCGAGUACUCUGUCGAUGUCUCCCAAUACGAACGUCUCCACGGCGGUGGCAGAUUCAUGGAAGGGCCUCGCCGCCUUUCUUGCUAGUCUUCCAGACCUGAUGGAUAGUGGGCUAACUGGGAGCGGUUUCGGUUCGUCAUCAGACCUGGGAGCCAAGCUCUCUCUAUCUUUCUUCGGCUAUAACACGACAGUCGAGAAGGUUCAGGCUCUUCUUGAGCCAGUCAAGCAACGAAUCCUCGACCAAGGGCAUAACUUUACUCUCUCGGCCGCGCUUUCUCAACCUCAGACAGGCACUUACAUGGACCUCUUCAAUUCCCUCAAUUCAGCCCCAAGUGGUGCUGGAGCUGCUUCGCUGAUAUCCAGUCGCCUGUUAGGGCGUGCAGCUCUUGUUGAUUUGCCCCUGGAUCGACUUGCUUCUAAUCUUCAGCAAGUCAUGGUAUCUCAAUCCGGCAAAGGAAGCACACUGGUCGUAGGUCUGCAGGGAGGCCGCGGACCGGCGGAAGUCGAAGAGAGCAGACGCGGCGCCCUGAAUCCAGCAUGGCGCAUUGGCUACGUUCACACCAUGGUAACUGGUAUUAAUAUCGAUCUGAAAAAGGCUCCUCAGGACGCUCUGGCAGAAGCAGCCGCCUGGGCUGAAGAGAACAAAGAAAAGGUAUGGCGUGCGUGGACGCCAGAGACGGGGGCUUACAUCAACGAGGCCAGCGGUUUCGACAAGAACUUCAAGAAUGAUUUCUACGGAGCCAACUACAACCGCUUGCUACAGCUCAAGAACAAAUACGACCCUAACGGAAGCCUCUAUGUGCUCUCGGGUGUGGGCAGCGACUUGUGGGACUACAAUCUGACCACCGGCCGACUGUGCCGACAGGACGUGCAACACAAUGAUUAA